AUCCAUCGUUCGUUUUCAUGAUUUCCAUGAUCUGCUUCGUGCUCAGUUCAGUUCCCGUCCAUCGUUUGUGUCGUGUAGGCAUGGAUUGUUUGAGUUGAUUCGCGUUCGUGUUGUGAUUCCAUUACUUUGCAGUCUCCUCAUUUUUCAUUUUUAAGAAAAACCUCAAGUUUUUAGAAAACUAGCGAAUAGUUAGUGGUUUUUAGUUUAGCUCAAGCAUAAAAAGGACGCCUCUAAUAAAGAAAAAGGUGUUUUGAUUCCCCUCUAGAAGUAGGACAGGAAUUAGUAGCCGUGCAAAAGUAGUUGACACAUUCAACAGCAUCAAACUUCUCCGAGUUGCUUUUGCUUCCGUGUACACAGCCUACUUGUGUUGUGCAAAGAAGAAUCAAAAUUUCCUAAAUGAGUUAUGCGAUUUGACUAGAUCGAAAAGAGGGUGUUGUAAACUUGAAAUUCCUCAAAAACCUGCACUCGGUGUGGGAACACCGAUGCGACUGCGAUAAUGUUCUUCCGCGGGGGCCUCAGCAUUCGGCGCAACCUGUACUCGAAGCUGAUCCUGCUGCUAGUUGUGGCACUGUUUGUGUUGUUCUACUUUAAAAACCUAAACGGAACCAACAAUCCGAACACCAUCCCAUUGGCCAAUGGGCUGGUGGGUACGAUUAACCGAGGAAAUAUUCUUGUGGCCGUUGGAACUGGCAGUCAAGACCAGUUUUUCGAGCAACUGGUAUUGGCUGACCUUGCCAAGCAGGAGCGUGGCCUUGGCGAUAAUGGCAAAGGCGUAGAGCUAAGUGGUGAGGCUAAGGAAAUUGGCGAAAAGCAAUUGGCUACGAUUGCUCUGAACGAGGAACUGAGUGAACAUCUCAGCUACAAUAGAACGCCUCCGGAUGAACGACAUCCAGCAUGCAAGCGGAAAAAGUUUGACAUUGAUAGUUUACCAUCGACGAGUGUUAUCAUAAUAUUCUACAACGAGCCCUACUCGGUGCUGGUACGAACGGUUCACAGUGUUCUGAAUACCGCGGAUCCACGACUGCUGCAGGAAAUUAUUCUGGUGGACGACGGAAGUACUAACGAAGAAUUGAAGGGAAAGUUAGAUUACUACGUGCGAACGCGAUUAACUUCGAAGGUGAAAAUUUUACGACAAAGAAGCAGAGUGGGACUGAUUCGAGCACGGCUGGCCGGAGCCCGUUUCGCCAAGGCAGAUGUGCUGGUUUUUCUGGACGCCCAUUGCGAGUGCAUGACGCAGUGGCUGGAACCACUGCUGGAGCGGAUCAAAGAAUCACGAACCAGCGUACUGGUGCCGAUCAUCGAUGUGAUUGAAGCGAAAAACUUCUACUACAGCACCAAUGGGGUGACGGACUUUCAGAUCGGUGGCUUCACCUGGGAUGGACACUUCGAUUGGCAUGAUGUAACCCAGCGGGAAAAGGAACGUCAGAAACGAGAAUGCACCGAAAAAGAUCUGGCGAUAUGUCCGACGUUCAGUCCAACGAUGGCUGGGGGAUUAUUCGCGAUAUCGCGUGAUUAUUUCUGGGAAAUCGGAAGCUAUGACGAGCAGAUGGACGGCUGGGGUGGUGAAAAUCUGGAGAUGUCCUUUCGGGUGUGGCAAUGCGGUGGCACACUUGAAACGAUUCCCUGUUCCCGGAUAGGGCACAUAUUUAGGGAUUUUCACCCUUACUCUUUUCCCAAUGAUCGUGACACCCACGGGAUUAAUACAGUCCGAAUGGCGGUAGUCUGGAUGGAUGAUUAUAUUGACCUACUGUUUCUUAAUCGUCCCGAUUUGAGGGAUCAUCCUGAGGUUGGCGAUGUCACCCAUCGGCGGGUGUUACGCGAAAAGCUUCGUUGUAGAAGUUUCGAUUGGUACAUGAGGAACGUCUAUCCGGAGAAAUUUAUCCCAACCCGAAAUGUGCGAGCGUACGGGCGUGUUUCUUCACUGGCGGAGAAUCUGUGCCUGGACACGCUGCAACAGAACGCCGAUAAGCCGUGGAAUUUAGGCAUCUACACAUGCUUCCGAACGGAAGUGUCUGCUUCACAGUUGAUUUCGCUAACGAAGCGUGGCGUAUUGCGAACGGAGCGCAGUUGCGCCACGGUGCAGGAUAACAAGUCCGAUAGCAGGUUUGUGGUUAUGAUUCCUUGUGUCGACGAUGACGACAUUGACGAUACGUGGCAAAUCACCGAGCACCAGCAGUUGAGGCAUAUUCCGUCGGGCCUCUGCCUGGACAGCAGUGAUUUGUCCACCAAAAGUUACGUCCAAGUAACACCCUGUCUGCCGAGAGUGCGAACGCAGAAGUGGGAGUUUCAGCAUUAGUUUGCUCAGCACAUAGUCAACAGCAUAGCGUCGUCCAGUACUAGGGGAGAGAUGAGAUUGGGUCUGUAUAUUUUUGCCGUUUAACGAUCGAGACAAACAAUUAAUUACCUCGCUUACAGAGGAGCGUCUGUAAGCCCUUGUGUACUAGAAGCAAACUAUAUAGUAAAAAAGACGAUGGUCAUGAUGAUGAUGAGACACCGAGCCGGAGUGAAAUUAUGUCUAUGACGCAAUAUUGUUGUAUAAUAUAAAAGCGAUAGGUUAGUUAGGUAUUAGAUAGAGACAAUGACGGUAUCAAGGGGUUCUAUUUCGCCGUUUGUGAAUCUCAAAAGAAAAACACAAAUUGCAUGAGGGCACUUUUUUUCACUCACUCGCUGCAUGUUGGUUAGCGAGUGGAAAAGGGAGGCCUUCCUUCAUUCCCUCCUCUUUUACUGAAGUGACAUAUUAUUGAAGUAAAUAAAGAAAAAGAACGCGUUUAUUAAAAUUAGUCAAAAAUCGGGCUAAGCCGAGCGAGGAGCAUUAAAAAUUGAGAAAUUGAGAGUGAACGAGAUAAUAAGAACUAAUGUGAUAAUGGCAGCGUGACAUAAUAACGCGAGUGUGAACUGAACGGCUGAGCUGAAGGAAAUCUUUGGGUGAAUGUACGGGUAUCGGAAGAAUUGUUGCCGCCUAGCAGCGAUGCACAUUAGGAGGUUCUACUGCAUGCCAUAUAGAAUUGCAACAGCUGUGUUUGCCAUUCACCAGCUGGAAGCUUUACUAGAAUUGGUGACUAAGUUAUUUCUAGGGGAAACGUUAGUACUAAUCAAAGAAAAUCACAAAUCGGUUUAAUUUUGACAUUCCAAAUUUAGGAAACAAAAAAUUUAAAGAAAAAUUGGCUAUUCUUUUUGGUAAUUUUGUCAAUUGUUAUAAUUUUUUUUCUAUACCUACUGAUAUUAUACUGCUUUUCUCUACAUCGUUGCCCUUAUCUGGCGUGUUAGUAACAGUUGCGACUGCGAGAAGAAUGGAGCGAAACACAAGCCUUUUUCAACCCAAUUCUGAUGUUGGUUGUUAUACACGCGUACUUCACAGUUAUUUGAUUAUGAUAAGAAACUUAUGGCAUAAAACAAUAUUACACAUCACAUGCUUAACCUGCGAAAAAGAUUUAAAACAAUUAUCGUUAUCGCACUUAAACAUUUCUUUAGUCAAAACUAGCAACAAUACAAGUAACAUUUAUUUGUUCUAGUUUUAACUUGGCAGAAUUGCUGUUUAUUAUGAUAUUUUUUCCACGACGGCAACAAUUCUAUCAAUCGCUCAGUGUAUAUGCAUCACAGUGUACUUACGACGAGAGCGCGAAUGAAAAUGGAACCAACUAAUGAUUAAGUAAUAUUUUUAAAGAAAAUGAUGCCAACACAAUGAAACUGAAUGAAAGAAACCACCACAAUCUUCUGAGACUUGAAAACGUGAAACUAAUUUGUCCUCCUUUUUGUUGUGUAAAUCAUCGAUUCUCUUAUUUAUAUAGCCCGAUUAAAAAGGUAGUAGUUUAUCGUUAUCGAACGUGCCACAAAUCUGCAAAAACAAGAGACAACUGAAACCAUUUUGUUAGAUGCUAAGUUAAACUUUCAACCCCUUCUUUUUACUGUGCAUAUAAUAUACCUAAAUGAAUUCAAGAUUCAACCAGGACAAUAUCGAAAAACGUAACGGUGACAUCACUUGUUCAAAAAAGUACAACUAAGUAAAACGUUAUAACUUAUAAUCAGCUCAAACUCCUUUUUUCCCCUCCCCUUACUUCUCGUGUAUAGUAUAGAUUAUUUUAGUCAACAGAAUAGUUUAAAUCGAUUCACGGAAUAGAAGAACUGCUAGUAAAUACACAAUACCUACCUACUUACCUUAAUGACUUAACCGGUCAGUACAUAAUUGCUUUUUGUAGUUAUCCCCCUUCGUUAGCGCUUCAAGCGAAUAUUAUUUAGGUAAAACUACAAAUUUUAAUCGAAGAACUCGAAUAUAUAUAUAUAGAGGUAUCUGGUAUGGAAUGAAUGCUGAACUGCUAGUUCACGGACAGUUGCGACGUUUACAAUCCGAUUGAAGUGAAACAGAUUGAGUAGGAAAUAAUUGUAUUAUUUAUAUGUUUCUGACCAUGCAAAAAGGGUGGUAGUACAAGCAAGACACACAGUGGUGGGGAUUGCAUGCAAAAUUGAUCCAUCAGCAUGGAUCACCUGGUCAAUUGUUACUCGUAACAAUUUCCAUGUGUUCGGAUCUAACCGCGAGCAGCUGUAUAAAUGAUACACAGAAACUGAAAACUGGAAAACAGAUAUUUUUGUUAAUGAACAUAUUUGUUUAUAUCUCAUU